GGGGGUUGCUGGGGUUGUGCCUUGUCCUGGUGUGGCCCUGCCUUCCACCCUGGCCUAUGAGAGGAAAGGCAACAUGGGGGGAGAGCGGGGCCACGGCAUGGGGAGGAGGCUGGGGACGUGCCCGGCUGGCCCCGCACAAAGCGGCUUUGUCGUGGCAGGGGGGGAUGGCACCGGGCACAGCGCUGGCACCGGGGCCCUGGUGCAGCACCAAGGCAGAGCCUCCAGAGCCCAUCCUGCCCUCCCCUCUGGCAGCAUCGGGGCACCCGGCGCCACGGGGUCGGGUCCGAGGGCGGUUUGGUGCUGCCUCUUUGCUUAUGGGUGGUGCCCACGAGGAAGAAUGUGCACCUUCUUCUUUGCCACUGACUGACUGCCUGCCUGCCCUCAGCUUUGUGGCUCAGACUGGAUUAUUGGGAUGUUUCUGCUUCCCUGCACUCAGGAAUAACAAUUUCUGGCCACUAUUUUUUUCAGGCAAUGGCCGGGUCCGAGGUGACCUUCAGAUCCCGGGAGAGCCGGGAUCACCCAGCCCUGCCUUGCAACUUGAUCCUUCCCCCUCAGCUGCUGGCACUGAGCUGAGCUGGGCGCUGCAGUCGCUCUCUGGGGGUAGAAGCAGCAACAGGGACGAUGAUGUUGCUCCGGGGACUUCCCUGUCCUGGGAAACACCGUUUUUGCAACCUUCCUUGCUCCCUGCCCUGUUACCUGGGUGUGUCUGUGUUUGUGGAGCAGCCGCAGCGCUCAGGAAUGGCCACCAGAAACAACGGGAAAAAGCAGUCCAUAAUCCAAACCUCCACGCUCUGGCUGAGCGAGAGGCUCCAGCUCUCGGCCUUUCCCUGCCAGCCAGCCCCCAACGUGCCGUAGAGAGUCUGAGCUGGAUGGGGUUUAAUGCUGUUUUUCAGCUGCAGCUCCGGGGAAUCACGGGUGAAGUGAUUUGGCGAGAACAGGGGCACCCGACAGCUGAGCUCCCUUGGUGCCAGGAGGCCCUUUGGACCUGCUUUGCCACAGGCUGAAAAGAAGUUGAUCUGGGUGGCUGGCGGUGACUGAAGCUGUUUAUUUUGGAAACAGAAAUGAAGAGUUUGAGAGGAAGAUAACUGUACCCGUGUGGCUAAUGCUGCUGAGGACCCCAUGCAGUGGCCUCCUGCAAACUGAGGACCCACCAAAACCAUCCAAGAUUGUGCUUUGGGAAGAGAGAAAGGCUCUGCAGUGCUGGUGGGAACGGGGAAGGGGAGCAGAGGGCUGCACUCUCAAAUUUCAGCAGGGAAGGAGCCACCACAAACAACCUGUGGAUGUGUUUAA